AUGCCAACAAACGCCGAGGGGAAGCGAAAACGUGCGGGCGUCGGCGCCACUCUGGCGGGAGCCUGCUCGCUGCUGCUUGCCGCCGCUGCGCACCCGGCCGCGGCGGCGGUGGAGGCGGGAAGGCUCUUCAACGGCGGCGCCCCCACCGCCGCCAGCGCAGCCGGCGGAUUCGGCGGCAGAAGGGGUGCAUGUUGUGGCAGCGGCGGCGGAGGCCGCCGCCGCGGGUUCGCCGAGUACUCGACGCGCGGCUGCUUUGUCUUGUGCGUAACGCCGAGCUCGGCAAAGGCGGCGGCGGUGGCGGCGGAGUCGGAGCGUCGCUCGUCUGGACGAGCAGCGGGCGGCGGCAGGCUGGCGGCGACGUCCUCGGUCGGGUCUGGGGGUGGGGCUCGCGCGCUCGAGUGUGCGAUGGAGGAUGACCGGAAGGGGGGCCGCUUACGGGGACGCUUCCGACAGGUGUUGGACAAGAUGAAAGGGCGUGCUGCUGCGCCACCGCCUGUCGCCGUAGCGGCGGCGGGGAACCAGAUGAUGUACGACCCGGGUCAGCAUCGGGAAGAAGAGGCCGUGGACCUGGCGAGCCUCAGGGCCGGCGGCAACGCCAGCACGUUCAACGCCGACGCUCACUGCCCGACCUGCCGAAAACAAGUGCCCUUCACGGAAGCUGGCGUGGUGUCGAAGCUGCUCUUUGCUUGGGUCGGGCCGCUGAUGGCUCGAGGGAACAAGAAGGCCAUCGCCGAGGAGGACCUGUGGGAGAUGCCGCAAGACGAACAAAUGCAGUCCGUCGCGGACGCCUUCGAAGCAGCGUACGCGAAGGAGAGCGCCGCGGACGCCGCCGUCCACCAAGGGUCGGACGGCCAGGGGAAGGGCAGGGGCUCCGCGGUGGUCACCGACGAGGGUAUCUGGAGGAAGCAUCACCCCCUGGUGCCGGGGCUGCUGGACACGGCCCUGAUGCGCUCGCUGUACGUGCUGUACAGGAAGCCCUUCCUGACGGCGGGGGCGCUGCGGUUCAUGAACACGUCGGUGCAGUUUCUGCCCGCUAUCUUCGUGCAGCGCCUGCUGAGGCUUCUCGAGUCCGGCAUUGCGGCCGGGGGCGCGGGGGCGGUGAAGAAGGCGUACACGAUCUGCGCCAUGCUGUUCGCAGCGGUGUCCCUCAAGACGGCCAUCGAGAACCAGUACUUCUACGCCACCAACAACAUCGGCACCAGCACACGUGGAGUUCUCAGCACGGCGGUGUACCGGAAGAGCCUGCGGCUCUCGCCGUCCGCUCGCCAGAACGCGACGGUGGGCGAGAUCGUGAACUACAUGCAGAUAGACGCGGGAAGGCUGGAGAACUUGGCCGGCAGCGUGCACACCAUCUGGGACUCCGUUUUCCAGAUGACCGGAUACACGGUGCUGCUCUUGCUUUGCCUCGGACCUUCCGUCCUGGCUGGUAUUGGCGUCAUGAUUCUUCUCAUUCCGCUGAACACGGCUCUUUUCAACGAGCUCAGCACCUACAGAGCGGAGAUGUCCACGCAAACCGACUUGAGGGUGAAGCUCGUGAACGAGAUGCUUCAAGGCAUCCGGGCCAUCAAGUUCUACAACUGGGAGACGCCGUUCCGAGAGCGGGUGGAGAAGAUACACGACGCCGAGCUGAGCAUCUUCCGGAGGGCGGUCACGAAACGCUCGCUCGUCGUUUCGGUCCUAUCGACUACCCCGGCCAUCGUCAUCGCCGUCACACUCGGCCUCUACAGCAUGCUGGGGAAUGCCUUGACGCCCUCGAAGGUCUUCACCUCCCUCACGCUCUUCAACCAGCUACGCCUGCCGCUCUUCUUCUUCCCCGCCACCCUCAACGCCUUCGCUGACGCCAAGGUUUCUGUGGGGCGCCUCUCACAGUUCUUGAAUACGGAGGAAGUGGUUCCGUACGUGCAACGGCAGAACGGGGUCCCCGCGGUCGCGGAGGGCGGGGGUGGGGGAAAGGUUUUUCCGGAGGACGUGUGCGUCAGCAUGAAGGAGUGCGCCUUCUUCUGGACUGAUCCCGAGGCGGCCGCCGGAGGAGGGGAGGGGGAAGAGGAGGAGCAAGAGCAGGAGGUGUUGCUGCCCGGCCGAACCCGCCGCACAGUGUCUCCCGCUCUGCACGGGUGCACCCUGGAGGUUAAGAAGGGAGAGCUCGUGGCCGUCGUCGGGGCGGUUGGCAGCGGGAAGUCAAGCCUUCUUGCGGCCCUCCUGGGAGACCUCAAGCACGUGUCCGGCGACAUCUACGCCGCGGGUGCCCUCGCGUACGUCCCCCAGACGGCGUGGAUCCCUAACGACACCGUGAGGAACAACGUGCUGUUCGGGAAGCCGUACGACCAGAAGAAGUACGACAAGGUUCUGGAGGUCUGCCGCCUCAGGAGGGACUUGGAGCUGUUGGAGAACGGCGACAUGACCGAGAUCGGCGAGCAGGGCAUCAACCUCUCAGGGGGGCAGAAGCAGCGACUGUCUCUGGCCCGCGCGCUGUACAGCGAUGCCGACCUCUUCUUGCUGGACGACCCGCUGUCGGCGCUCGAUGCUGAGGUGGGGAAGCAAGUGUUCGAGGGCUGCGUGAGGGACAGCCUCGAAGGAAAGACUUGCAUCCUGGUCACCAACCAGCUGCAGUUCCUGCCUCAGGUGGAUAAAAUCGUGGUGAUGGGCCAGCUGCCUGGAGCGGAAGGGGCGACCAUCGUGGACCAGGGGACCUACGAGGAGCUGGUGGGGAGAGGAAGGGACUUCAGCAACAUUCUUGCGGAGCAGAAGAAGAAAAAGAAGGUCUCGGAAGAAGAAGCAGAAACGCAGCAGGAGGACGCGGUUGCGGCGGCGGGACACCAGGCCAUCGAGACUGUCGUCCACCAUGACGGUCAAGUUUCCAAGGCCGCGCCGGCGGCAGUACACGCCCACGAAGCGCCGGAGCAUCAGCCGUCGCCCCCCGCCACCGGUAAGUCGGCGCAAACGCCAUCUGAGGGAGUUCCGCCAAGGGCGGCGGCGGCAGGGGGGUGGGGCCGGGCCGGCAAGGAGUCCGGCGUCUUGAUGGGCGAGCAGAGCAAUGAAGAUUUGUUCUCGCACGUUGUCGUGGAGGAGGGGGACUGCGGACCAGUCGCUGCCCUGCAGGGAGCGCAGCAAGCGGAGAGCGUUGUUGCGCUGGGUGGAGACGACACCGCCAACACGAGCAAAGGCGGUCUCAUGACGUCCGAGGAACGCUCGACAGGAGCCGUCGACCGACAGGUGUACGUGGAGUACAUGAAGGCGCUGGGCCCGAGGGUGGUGCUGCUGAGCCUGGUAGCGGUGUUCGUGGUGUCCAACUUCACCGUCCAGAUACAGCAGUGGGUGGUGUCCUUCUGGUCGUCGGACCCGCUCUACGCUCGCCACCCCCUGGGUUUCUACCUUUUCGGCGUUACGGCCUCCGCGGCGGUGGUCGGUGUCUUCUCCCACCUCCGCACCAUGUGGGCCUUCUACCUCGGCCUCGGAGCCAGCAAGCGCCUGCACGGGGCGCUCUUGAGGAGGGUGUUGCACGCCCCCGUGAGCUUCUUCGACACCACUCCGGUGGGGCGCAUCAUCCAGAGGUUUUCGAAGGACACUGACCAGGUGGACCAGAACCUGAUCUCCCAAGUUGCGAUGGUCAUCAACGGGGGGCUCGGGGUGCUGGCUGCCGGAUGCGCCAUCAUCGUGGCCACUCCGGUAUUCGCAUUCAUCCUGGCACCCCUCUCCAUCGUAUACAUACGAGUGAUGAACUACUUCAGACACGUCGCGAUCGAGCUCAAGCGACUGGAGUCGAUCACAAAGUCCCCAAUUUAUGCGCAUUUCACGGAGACCCUCGGAGGUUUGUCGGCGAUCCGGGCGUUCGGACACGUUAACCUGUUUGCGAGGACGAACGAGAGGCUCGUCGACAACAACCUCGCGUCUCACUUUGCCCUCAAGGUGGUGGACCGUUGGCUCUCGGUGCGUCUGGAGAUGCUGGGGAACUUGGUGGUCCUGAUGGCCACCCUGCUGUCCGUCCUGGCGGCCAGCAACGGCAAGCUCGUCGCUGGUCUCGCCGGGCUUUCCAUCACCAACGCUCUCAGCGUGACGGGGCUGUUGAACUGGGCCGUCCGGUGCGUUUCCGAGACGGAGAUGGUGAUGAACUCGGUGGAGCGGGUGCUCUACACUUCGCAGCAGACGCCGCAAGAGCCGCCGCACCACGUCAGCAGGCCGAGGCAUCCCUACUACCAGCAGCUGUCCGGCCUGACUGGGGAGAAUCUCCCGACCAUCCCGGAGGAGUCGCUGCUCACCAACUGCCCGGACGACCGUCAGCUGCUGAGGUCAGGCUGGCCUUGGGAAGGCCGCAUCGAGCUCCGUGAUGACGUCACCAUGCGGUACCGCCCGGAAACCGACCUGGUGCUCAAGGGGGUCACCCUGACCAUAAGGCCUGGAGAAAAGAUCGGCAUCGUCGGGCGGACCGGCAGCGGCAAGAGCACCCUCAUGCAGGUGUUGUUCCGCAUGGUGGACUGCGAGGAGGGGUCGAUCGCCAUCGACGGCGUCGACACCAAGGCCAUCGGGCUCGCCGCUCUCAGGUCGAGGCUGACCAUCAUCCCUCAGGAACCUGUGCUGUUCAGUGGUUCGCUGCGGGCCAACCUCGACCCGUUCGAAGUCUACACCGACGAGGAGGUGUGGGAUGCCCUCGAGCAAGCUUCCUUGGCUGCAACGGUCAGGAGGUUCCCGAACAGCCUCCUGGAGCACGUGGCGGAGUACGGGGAGAGCCUCUCUGCCGGGCAGAGGCAGCUGGUGUGCCUGGCUAGGGCGCUGCUGCGGAAGACGCGGGUGCUGCUGCUGGACGAGGCGACAUCUUCGGUGGACUACGAGACAGACAACGUCAUACAGUCCACGCUCAGGUCUGCCUUCCGAGACUGCACCGUGUUGACGAUCGCUCAUCGCCUCAAUACCAUCAUGGACUCGGACCGCAUCCUUGUCAUGGACGACGGAAAGGUGGCUGAGCUCGACUCUCCUGCCGCGCUGCUUGAGGACCCCACGUCUCAGUUCUCGCAGCUGCUGGCGUCGGAGCGGCGGCAGUCUUCGCGUCCUGCUGACGAAGCGGAGAUUGAUUCCACCGCCGCCGCUGUACACGACGAGGAGCACGAUCACCAGGACUUGGACAAGGUUGUGGGCGUGGUGGGAGGCGGAGAGGGUUCGGCAGCGGCGGCAGCGGGGACGGCGGCGGCGGCGGAGGCACCCCCUCCGUCCCAGUAGUAUGGGAUAUCGCUCGCUUCGGGGAAGAAGAGUUGUUGUUUGUAAGGGGUGGAAGCAAGACCGUUGUGCUCGCCACCGGGGGAGAUAAUCGGUAUCGGUCGCGGAAGAAGCAGUGGUAGAAGGGUUGCGUACGUAGUGUGCAGUUCGUGUCCACGAAAAAACUCCUAUCCCCUUCCCACGGCACCCCCUACGCGGCUGCACGAUACUUGUUGCUGUUUUUUUGUGUUGAAACCGUCGCCUGCUGCUGGCAGUAUUUGUGACCAGGUCGGGGCUGAGGAGAAGCCGCUAUGACACAGCCGCUCUCUGUUGGGUACGUACCGCGUACGACAUAGAGUAUGUUUGAUACGCGCGCGGGUGCCCAACGGUGAACCGCAGUCUUUUCCUCUCCCAGGGGAGUACGCCAAGAAAUAUAUCUCCUGGUGUCGUCGCCGUACGUACCAUUCGGCCUUGAAGGAGGGUGUCGUAUUUCCUACGCUAGAGUUUCGCGUUGUGCAGCGUACGUUUGCGCGACGAGGAGGGGGCGCG